UUACAUUAUUUUUAUUCAUUUAAUUGCUUUAAAACAUUAAUAUCAGUGGUUUUAGGUGAGUCUGCUCCUCGUUUUGGCACAGGACAAGGUGUUUCCCAUCAGCUCCGUGGAUUACGCACGGAGGAGCUCCCGGGACAGAGAAAAGUUUUGAAGUUUUGUUGAACCGGAAUGCUGCACAAUCUAACCAAAAUCACCUGAGCCUCUAUGGAGUGACUUCCUGCUUUCUUUAAGACUGCAUUUAUGUAUGGAUUAGAAUAACAUUUACCAAAGGAGAGAGAGAGAUAUCUGAAGAUUUAUGCAUUGGGGGAUGGCAACAGCCACCUCCAGUCCUUACCUCGCCAGCAGCAGGAUUUUGUCCAGCCCGGUGCUUCACUCUGAUCGGAGGGUCGGGGGCAUGCAGCCGGGCAGCACUGCUGUGACCACGGUGUCUAGUGGAUACAGAGGGGACCCUUCAGUCAAGAUGGUGCAGAGUGAUUUCAUGCAGGGAGCCAUGGUGGCGAGCAACGGGGGGCACAUGCUGAGCCAUGCCCACCAGUGGGUGACAUCGUUGCCUCACGCAGCAGCCGCAGCAGCUGCAGCCGCGGUUGCAGCAGCCGAGGCCGGCUCCCCGUGGCCCCCCAGCUCCCAGCCGCAGGACGUGAAGAGGGGCAGGGAGGACCUCCAUACAGGCACCGCUCUGCACCACAGACCCUCACACCUGGGGACGCAUCAGGCGCACCAGGGAAGUUGGGGAGGCUCUUCCGCGGCGCACAUCAGCAUCACCGAGGGGCAGCAGCAGCAGCAACAGUCGCUCAUUUACUCCCAGCCUGGGUUCACUGUCAACGGGAUGCUCAGCUCCCACGCCGGGCAGAGCCUCAUGCACCACGGGGUGUUGCGCGGGGAGUCCCCGGAACUCGACCACGGGAACCACCAUCACCACCAUCACCACCACAACAACAACAACCACCACACGCACCACAGCCAGCACCACGGGGUGAACCACGAGCCGCACUCAGACGAGGACACGCCGACGUCUGAUGACUUGGAGCUUUUCGCCAAACUGUUCAAGCAGCGGCGGAUCAAGCUGGGCUUCACGCAGGCAGACGUGGGUCUCGCUUUGGGCACCCUGUACGGCAACGUGUUCUCACAGACCACCAUCUGCAGGUUUGAGGCGCUCCAGCUGAGCUUUAAGAACAUGUGCAAGCUGAAGCCUUUGCUGAACAAGUGGCUGGAAGAGGCCGACUCCACCACCGGGAGCCCGACCUGCAUUGAUAAGAUGGCCACGCAGGGCAGGAAGAGGAAAAAGCGCACGUCGAUCGAGGUGAGCGUAAAAGGCGCGUUGGAGAGCCACUUCCUCAAGUGUCCCAAGCCUGCCGCACAGGAGAUCACCUCUCUGGCGGACUCCCUGCAGCUGGAGAAGGAGGUGGUCAGGGUCUGGUUCUGCAACCGCAGGCAGAAAGAGAAGCGCAUGACGCCGCCAGGACUGCCUCGCACCCCGGAGGACGCGUACUCGCAGGUGGGCAGCAUGGGACCGGACACACCGUCACCCUCCAUAGACUGCAAGAGGAUGUACAGCGACACGUGAAAAUAACUUACCGGACAAUAAAUCAGAACUUUUUUUUAGAUAAUAUGUCAUGUUUCCCCAAAUGAUAGCAUAAUUCAUAACAUUUUCUUACAUGUCCCCAUGUUCUAUGGUCCUCAAUAAUGUUGUUUCCAAGUUGUACUCAUUUGAGAGCAGAACACUUUUAUGCAUCCUUUGGUAUUUUCCUGCACUAUGAAUCAGCCUUUGGGACAGAAAAUGAAAAAAAGUCUGAAUAGAAAAUUAUUUAAAGUUUAUUAAUCGCAAUGUGUGUUCACCAAAAGAGCCUACGGGCAUUUUAUCAAUCUGAUACCAAGAGAUUCAAGGAAAAAUGUUUCCAAAUCUUGGUAAUGUUCAACAUAAAAGUUCCCCUUUAAUGCUGCAGAGUUUGAUGUCCCACUGGCUAAACAGGGUUAUUGCCUAUGUUUCUUUUAUAAGACAUUGGUUUAAUGCGCUUUAUUCAGCAUUAAGUGUUUUUUAAUGAGCAAUAAUUUAUCUUCCCUCAAAUGUGUUUCUAACUUUUGUGUUGUGUGUCAGUGGAUUUGUGUUGUGACACAGUCAGUGAUCAAAGAGCGACUUAAAGUAAAACCAGUAUUGUGUUUUUUCAUUCAUAGGAAACUCCUUUUUGUCAAAAUAGCAAACAUUCCCUUAAGUUUAUGUACAAGUUAGUCUGCUGUGUAUUCUCUGGUGAUGAUUUGGUCUAUUUAUUUUCCACUGUGUUUAUU